AGUUUUUAAUCUUUGUCUGUGUGUGUGUGUGAGCCGGCAGACAGUACGUCACUUCCUCAAGUUAUUUCCAUUUGUUUGUGGAAAGCGCCAGCAGUUAUCUGGUACCUCUUAACACCAAGGAUAAGGUUACGAUUUCAUCUUACAGUAUGUGCGGGUGGAAGCAGCGGCUCUUUUUAUUUAUGUAAACAGUUUUAAUGUGAAAUUAUGGAAGCUAUACAAUAGCUGCAUAACGCGUCGGCGUAAGCAAAAGCAGGAAAACGUGCGUUCGCCACCAGAAGUAGUAGAUCUGCUAACGUUAGCUAGCUAGUUUUAGGUUAAUUGGCUAACUAUUGUUAGCUUCCCGGGUCCCGGUACCGUUGGUGUGUUAGUGCUGGUUAUAACGUCGGUUCACUCACAAUCGUGAGCUGAUGGAGUGCCCUCAUCUGAGCUCAAACAUAAGCGGUGCCUUUGAUUCUUCCAGGUUCCCUAACGGUACUCCGUCCUCCUGGUGUUGCAACGUUUGCAGGUCUAAUAAAAGUCCAUGGAUUUGCCUUACCUGUCUGAUGGUUCAUUGUGGACGAUAUGUCAAUGGGCAUGCAAAGAAACACUUUGAAGAGAAUCAAGUCCUUUGUGUUAGUCAAAGGAAGGGUGAGAAACAUGAAAAAGAGAAAAUCCAUCAUUCUGUUUGCAUGGACUGCAGCAGCUACAGUGUGUUUUGUUACAGAUGUGAUGAAUUUGUUGUGAACGACACCAAACUUGGGCAAGUGCAGAAGUUGCGGGAACAUCUUCAGAGUUUAGAAAAUUCAGCACUAAUGGGUGAGCGACAGAGGAAAAGGAAACUUCAGGACAGCCCAGCAGGAGAUGGCAAGCUGUUAAAAGACAGUGAUGGCGUGGCUCUAGGUGCUACAGGCCUGCGCAACCUUGGAAACACAUGCUUCAUGAAUGCCAUUCUGCAGUCCCUCAGCAACAUCGAGCAGUUCAGCUGCUAUUUCAAGGAGUUGCCUGCUGUGGCUCUACGCAGUGGUAAGACGGCAGGAAGAAGGAUGUACCACACCCGCAGCCAAGGGGACAACAGUGUAUCUUUGGUGGAGGAAUUCAGGAAAACUCUCUGUUCCCUAUGGCAAGGGAACCAGACCGCCUUCAGUCCAGACUCCUUGUUUUAUGCCAUAUGGAAAAUCAUGCCAAGUUUCAGAGGUUAUCAGCAGCAGGAUGCCCAUGAAUUCAUGCGUUACUUACUGGACCACCUCCACAGGGAGCUACAGUACAGCCGUAACGGGGCGUCUCAUCCAGUCUCACCUCAGGAUGGAGUCAGACUCUCUAGUACAGAUGGCAAAUGCUGCACAAAUGGGACCGCCAGUGUUGUGACAUCCAUUUUUGGUGGUAUACUUCAGAAUGAAGUCAACUGCCUAAUUUGUGGGACAGAAUCUCGAAAGUUUGAUCCAUUUCUUGAUCUGUCUUUGGACAUUCCCAGUCAGUUCAGACAAAAGAGAAAUAAGGACCAAGAGCCAGUGCCAACAUGCACUCUACGUGGUAAGUUUCUUUUUGUGGCUUGUAUCCACUUCCAGGUGAUAAGGGCAUUUCCACAGCAUUUUCCUUUUGCUCUGUUGUUUUUGCAGCCAGAGAAGUCAUUACCAGGGAGCUGCCUGUAUGACCUUGUUGCUGUCGUGGUGCAUCAUGGAUCUGGGGUUGGGUCGGGGCAUUAUACAGCGUACGGCAGCCAUGAGGGUCACUGGUACCACUUCAACGACAGCACAGUGACUCUGACCAAUGAGGAUACAGUGAGGAAGGCCAAAGCCUACAUCCUCUUCUACGUAGAGAGGACUGGUCAGGUGCCCUCUGACACAAGCGCAUCAAACAGCACAGCCACGAAUAAGCCUGCCGUGGACGCUGCAGCUGUGGACAGUGUUUCUCCAGAAAUAGUUUCUCAGGACACAGUCGUAGCUGAUACGGUAGCUACAGAUCUGGAUUUUGCGGACGCAGCAUCGUCACACGAGGACGUCGCGGGCGAGAAAGAGGAGGUAGAUGUGAACAAAGACAUGGCUACACUGGCUGAGGGUGACACAGUAUCAGUGAAAGCUGCAGCAGAUGCAGAUACCUCAGACAAGGCUGCAACAGAAGAAUCUCACCAAGCUCUACAAACUGUUGCACAAUAAACAAUUCUUUGAGAUUUCACUGCCUCAGA